CUUCCCGAGUAGUCUUUUUACACCAGCUGCCCCGGCCUCAUCAGCUUAGAAGCUCUCGCACUCGCGGUCUUUCGUCCGGCUCUCGACAGCACCACAACGCUCUCGCCAGGCUGGCCCCUCUCCUCUUACCUUGAAAUCGACCCCUAACAAAGAUUAUCGACAUCGCUCAUCGCUACGACGCCUCGAUUCAUUGAUAUUGUUGCUUGCGCAGCUGUUAUCACAUCCCCGACGUCCCUUUGCCCCUGACGUCGUUGCCCCGGUGCCCCACUGCCUCAUACAGUUGAGCAGCGGGCGUCUUAAACCGCCCCUCCACACGACACGCUGUUGUCCGACAAGAUGAAGCGCUUCAGUCAGAGAGUUCUCUCGCGUGGGAAAGAUCCAAAUAAGUCUUCUAAGAAGAACAAGGAUUCCAAGGAUGGUACCGCGUCCCCUUCAUCACGGGAUUCCAAUCAGUCACCCGUGCUCACGCCCUCAUCCUCCACGUCGACCUUGAACGAUCCUAGAAACAAGCCACUGCCACAGAACAAUGCUGGACACGGAGGUGAACACGGCAGUGGCUCACAGCCCUCCAAUCUGUCCAAUGUAACUCAGGCCGGUAGCACCCCUGAUCGCUUUGCAACUGGAGGCGCUUCGAGCCCCAAUGGUGGAAGUGCCAACUCGAGACUUCCGCCAACUGUUGUCAUCAGCCCAACACCAGGUCAUAUCCCUCCCCCCGGAGCCGCCGAGACGAUGCCACACGAUUUGGCCCCUCCUAAAGCAGGACAAAAGUCACUCUUGAUCCAUCGAGGAAUAGAUAACCGCGAUGCGAUUCCCGAGGGACUCAGAACCCCAAAGAGACAGCAUUCUUCACGAUUCGACAUCUCCGCCCACCGCGAGCUUGAGAAGUUGCCUGGAUUCCACGAGGUCCCCCCUAACCGACGACAAGAACUCUUCAUGCAAAAGAUUGAUCAGUGCAACGUCAUUUUCGACUUCAACGAUGCGAGUGGUGACAUGAAGUCCAAGGAGAUCAAGAGGCUAGCUUUGCACGAGCUACUGGAUUAUGUCGCCAACAACCGACAAGUCAUCACGGAACCCAUGUACCCCAAGGUUGUCGACAUGUUUGCCAAGAACUUGUUCCGUCCGAUCCCUCCUCCAAUGAACCCUCAAGGCGAAGCUUUCGAUCCCGAAGAGGACGAGCCUGUUCUUGAGGUCGCUUGGCCGCAUAUCCAGGUCGUUUAUGAGUUCUUCCUUCGCUUCAUUGAGAGUCAGGAUUUCAACACCAACAUCGCCAAGGCCUACAUUGACCACAGCUUUGUCCUCCAGCUUCUUGAGCUUUUUGACUCAGAGGACCCCCGUGAGCGAGACUUCUUGAAGACCACCCUCCAUCGCAUUUACGGAAAAUUCCUUAACCUACGAUCCUUUAUUCGACGAUCCAUCAACAACGUCUUCUUCCAAUUCACCUACGAAACCGAGCGAUUCAACGGUAUUGCCGAGUUGCUCGAGAUUCUUGGCUCUAUUAUCAACGGGUUUGCUCUCCCUUUGAAGGAGGAGCACAAGAUCUUCUUGACCCGAGUGCUAUUGCCGCUGCACAAGCCCAAGAGUCUGAGCAUGUACCACCCUCAGCUUGCCUACUGUAUUGUGCAAUUCUUGGAGAAGGAUGCUUCUCUUACAGAAGAUGUGGUUUUGGGAUUACUCCGUUACUGGCCCAAGGUCAACAGCACAAAGGAGGUCAUGUUCCUCAACGAAGUCGAAGAUAUCUUUGAGGUCAUGGAUCCUGCAGAGUUUGCGAAGGUUCAAGAACCUCUGUUCCACCAGCUUGCCAAGUCUGUCGCCAGCCCUCACUUCCAGGUUGCCGAGCGAGCCCUGUACUUCUGGAACAACGAGUACUUCUGCAAUCUUGUCAGCGACAAUGUUGAAAUCAUUCUGCCCAUUAUGUUUGCUCCUCUCUACGAGAAUUCAAAGGGCCACUGGAACAGAACGAUCCACGGCAUGGUUUACAAUGCUAUGAAGCUGUUCAUGGAGAUUAACCCACAGUUAUUUGAUGACUGCUCGCACGACUACACAGAACAGCAGAACAGCGCAGCAGCACGUGAAGCUCUUCGAGAGCGUAAAUGGGCUGCUUUAAGCGAGAAGGCCAACCAACAGAGGGAAAGCAAUGGCAAUGGAACCGCCGAUGCCCCAUCAGCACAAAACCAUGUCAACCCCAUGCCUCGUGUAGACGAAGUCGACCCAGUCACCGAGGAUAAUUCGAAGCGCCUCGAUUCGCUUAAGUUGCAAGACGGCCGACCCAAUCUCCACGAGCGACAGAACUCUGUAGGAUCUACUCGAAGUCGGUAAUCCAAGUUAGCAGCUAUCCAACAUUCGUCAAUGCAUCGAACUUGGAUAAGAAAGGGACGAAUCCCCUUUCCAAAGUCGAAUACAGAGGGACACUGGUGGAUUCGGAUAACGAUCAUUGCUGCAUAGUCGUGUUUGGCGGUGGUAUUAUGAUUAUGAGAAGGGAUUGGUUUUUCGCGGUUCAAUA